AUGGAGCAGUGGUUUAACAAGCGUAAUCAUACAUUGAACAAGAAGGAGAUUGAAGAAGCAAUCAUGAUAUGCUGGGAGAUUUGGAACUAUAGAAAUGGUGUAAUCUGGAACCAAAGAACGAGUACGGUGGAUCGCAUACUAGAUAAAGCUAUUAGCUUCAUCAAUGAAUGGCCCAAUUACGCACAUGGGCAGGAUAACGAGGAGAAUCAAAAGUGGAAACCCCCAGAUGGUUUAGCCCUCAAGUGCAAUAUUGACGCAUCUUUCAACCUUGCAACUGGUGAAGCUAGAGCAGGGAUGGUUGUUCGGGAUAGGCACAGUGAGUUUUUGAGAGGUAGAUCGACAUAUAUAGGGGCAACAUUCAGUUCGAUGAUGGCAGAGGCAUUGGCGGUAAAGGAAGCUCUUAGUUGGCUGAAACUUCACUACGAUGACACCAAGAUAGAGCUCGAGAUGGAUAGUCUAUUUGUGAAGUUGCAUUGGAUAAGGUCUGCGAAUCAGGUUGCUCAGGCAUUAGCACGAGUGGCUGAUUCUAUGUCAGGCUCGAUGGAGUGGAAUGCUAGCCCUCCAUCCUUUAUUGUAGAUGCUUUAUAUUUUGAUUUGAAAAAUUAA